GUUUUAUAACUUUUUAUUCAAUACCGGAAUGAUUAUUUAUCUGAUACUUAUUUUAACUCUGUUUUAGUGCAAUUGAAAAUUGAAAUGACAAGAAUAUUGUUUUGUGUUCAUUAUAAUGUGUAUGUUUACGAUGUGUUGCUUUAAUAUUAAUAGCACGUGCAUUGUGUUUUAUUUAAUACCAAAAUAAUCAUUUAUUUGUUAUUUGUUUCUAAUUCUAUUUUGGUGCAAUUGAAAAUUCAAAUGGCAAUAAUAUUGUCUUUGUGUUUGUUGUGUAUAUAUACUGUGUGUUAUUUUAAUAUAAUAGCUUGUCGAUUGUAUUGCUGUUGAAGUCUAAAUUAUUAAUAGCACUGUUUCACUGCUUGAUUAUGAGUGGUUUAUAUUUAUAUAGCUUUUGUUUAAUUGGUUUAAUUUAAUAUGUGCAUAGUGUAUUGUAUCACUGGUCACUAUUGUGUAGUAUAACCUUACUUCUUUAUACCAGAUUCAAUAUAAUAAUACUAUAAUAGGUCCAUACAAUAUAAUAAUCUCUUAUUUUAAUCGUGUUUGUCGUUGAUACUCAGUUAAUCUGUCUUGAUUUAUUUCUAACCUAUUUCUAUAUUUAUUGGCUGUUUCUGUUUCCUUCUUAUUAGUUUGUCGUUACUUCAUACUUGUGAUUUGCUGUUAUUUCAUUAUAGGUUCUCUGAUUCUAUUUUUUCAAUGCUGUGUCCCUUACUUGGAACAUUUACACAAUGCAUGUUUUGCAUUGUUUGGUUCUUCAUUACAUUCUGAACACUUAUUAUGAGUACUUUUAUUUAUCCUAUAUCUGUUCUCCAAGUCUAUAUGCUACAUCGAUCAUGUAGGACAUUUACGCAGUGCAUUUUCGGCAUCAUCUCGGUUUUUGUUACAUUGUCAACACUUAUUAUGACUACUUUUAUUUAUAUUAGAUCUUUUCCUGUUGCCUUCUUAACCGUUCCAGUAGUAUCUGCUUCAAUACUCCCACGUGUGGAGCGUGGGACGCGACAGCGUGUACUACAUUCCGCGUGUAAAAUGGAGUGACAAGAGCGUUCAAACUUCGAAAUAUCUCAAACAGGAACGAAAUAACAGUUAAUUCUGUUCAAAAUCGGCAAAAGAAUGCGAUUUGCGAGCGGCCGAGCUUGUUUCGGCGUUGAAAAGAGUGUGCACUGCAUUCGGCGUGUAAAAUCUAGUGAAAGGCGCAAUUAAACGUCGAUAUAUCUCAAACAGGAACGAAAUAACGGUUUGUUCUCGUCAAAAGCGAAAAAAGAAUGCGAUUUGCGAAGUGUUGGGCUCGUUUCGACACUGAAGAGAUCGCGCCCUACAUUCAGCGUGUAAAACGAAGUGGAAAGAGCAUUUAAACGUCGAAAUAUCUCAAACAGGAACGAAAUAACAGUUAAUUUUCAAGAAAAUCGUCAAAGAUUGCCAUUUGCGAGCGGCCGGGCUUGUUUCGACGUUGAAAAGAGUGUGCACUGCAUUCGGCGUAUAAAAUCUAGUGAAAAGUGUCACGUCCUGCGCUCCGCACGUGCCGUAACGAAAAAAUACAAUAUGCAAAUAACGCGACCAGAAAUCCGACAUGUAAUAAAACAAAUAAAGUAGAAUAAGAUAAAAUAAAACACGCUAGUAAAAGAUUAACUAAAGGUAAAUACGCGUAGCAUUCACAUAAGGGCGAUUAGUAGAUUAACAUAUAGGGACAUAUCUAUGUAAGAUACCCUAGUAGAAUUUAGCAAUAAAUCAAAAAUAUUUUUGGACUAGUAAUAACACUAAUUAAUAAAUCGAACAAACCACAAACUAAUCAAAUAAGAAUAAUUGUAUUCAAAUAAUAAUAAAGAAAUAAAAUAAAAUAAUAGAAAUAUACACUAGUAAAUUACUAAAGACAACAUAACCUGUACUAACUAGUAAGCCAGGUAAACCGAACCGGCAACCUACGAUUUGACAGCUCGACUAAGGACGAAUUAUGCUGAAAUAACUUGUGAAUUACUUAGUAAACGAAUAAAGCAGAUUAAUUAAUAAGUGUAAUAACACUACAUAACAUAACAUAAUGAUAACCUAUGAUUUGACAAUUCAACCUACGAUUUGAAAUUCUAUCAAUCAAAAUCAACCCGCGAUCUGAACUGAUUAAUAAACUAUGAUUAUGUAUGAAUUGACAAUCCAAAUGGCUACCCGAUCAAUCAAGAACAAUUCACGAUUUGAAUAAGUUAAUCUAACAUCAUCAUUAAUAAUAACUAAGGAUAUAUUGUAAUCAAUAUCAAUUAGUGACUUUAAACUCAUCCAAGUAACUCGCGAUUCGAAUAAAUUAAACAACUACUCGAGAAAAGGAAAGGGGAACGGAACAAGAAUAUACAUUAACAAUUACCACAUACAAAUGCAUUACGUUAAAACGAUCCAAUUGACAUAAAACUGUACACGAGCGGAAGAUACGUACACAUACAAAUACAUAUGUAUAUACAUAUAUAUUUCUCACACUGGAUAAAUAACAAAAUAUAAAGUAGAACUACAAUCGACUUGCAUAAUUGACAAAAGAUUAAUUCCAUAAACAAACUACAUCAUGGAAAAUGCAUAUAUAUAUGUCGGAGAUGAAAGAACACCGGAGCCUUCCUUUGGAACCUUGGGAAAAUCCCGUAAUAUUGUAAUUUAGAUUCUACCGUAGCCGUAAUUAAACAAUUGUCAUUCAACCUGAGUGUACUUAUUUGGGAUCCGUGACAAUGAGCUUGAGAUCGAGGCGACAAACAGUCGCCAACGUAGCCGCGGUCAAGGGAUGAACGUUUGUUUAACAAAGACCUUAUUCGCCGGGUAAGAUGGUCGCCAGAUGCCGAUGCGUUUCCGCAGUGCAUAUUCAGCUAGCCUCAGGACCCGUUGUAAAUCUUAAGAUUUAGUUAAUUACAAGUCCUUCAAACAGAAAACAGUCUUUGUCCCAACUACGGGAA